CAGUGUGAGGGGAGGGCAGCCGAGCAGUGGUUGUUCAGCUGUAGUCCCGUCUCAGCUCCUUUCCCGCAUCCCAUGAAGUCAGCCUGGGGUGCAGUUAUUCUGAGCACUCAAUCACAUGGUCUCAGAAGCAUCUUAAUAAACUCUGACCAGCAACGCAGCCAGCAGCUUCACUUCGAAAUAAAACAGCUACUCAGGAUCUCAACACUGCAAGAAAGCACCUCAUCCAACUGAGAAGAUAGAAACUUUUAUUACCCAGCAAAAAUGUCUGACAAAACCCCCUUCGAAACAGAUAUGCUGACGCUCACUCGAUUCGUUAUGGAGAAAGGACGGCGUGUUAAAGGAGCGACAGGGGAGCUGACACAGCUGCUCAACUCCAUGCUGACUGCCAUAAAAGCCAUUUCUUCCGCAGUAAGAAAGGCAGGUCUUGCCCACAUGUUUGGUAUAGCUGGCACUGUGAACGUGACCGGUGAUGAAGUGAAGAAGCUGGACGUGUUAUCCAACUCCCUGGUGAUUAAUAUGCUGCAGUCCUCCUACAGCACCUGUGUCCUGGUCACGGAGGAGAACAAGGAGGCCAUCAUCACCCCAAAAGACAAGAGGGGUAAAUACGUGGUGUGCUUUGACCCCCUCGAUGGCUCAUCCAAUAUAGACUGCCUGGCACCAAUAGGAACAAUAUUUGCAAUCUACAAAAAGGAAACAGAUGAUGAGCCCUCUGAAAAAGACGCUUUGCAGCCUGGACGAAAUAUUGUUGCUGCAGGCUAUGCUUUGUAUGGCAGUGCUACACUUGUCGCCCUCUCCACAGGGCAAGGAGUCGACUGCUUCAUGCUCGAUCCGGCCCUUGGUGAAUUUAUUUUGGUGGACAGAGAUGUUAAAAUCAAGAAGAAAGGGAAGGUGUACAGUCUCAAUGAAGGUUAUGCAAAGUAUUUUUAUCCUGAAAUGACAGAAUAUCUACAAAAGAAGAAAUUCCCUGAGGAUGGUAGUUCCCCGUAUGGUGCCAGGUACGUGGGCUCCAUGGUAGCUGAUGUUCACCGUACAUUGAUGUAUGGUGGGAUCUUCAUGUAUCCUGCUAAUCAGAAGAGUCCUAAAGGGAAGCUCCGACUUCUGUAUGAGUGCAACCCCAUUGCUUUCAUCAUUGAGCAGGCAGGUGGGAUGGCAACUACAGGGACUGAGGCAGUAUUGGAUGUGAAACCUGAAAGUAUUCACCAGAGAGUCCCUCUUAUCCUCGGUUCUUCAGAUGACGUUCAGGAAUACCUUGCUUGUGUACAGAAACACCAAAAGAGCAGCUAAGGGCUCUUCCACAUCAGGCCUCGCUCAUCCAUCUUCAGUUUACAGGAAAAGCCAUACCUUUCAAGAUAGUGGGUUCUACCAAUGAUCACCCAGCUCUCGGUGGAAAUCCCACUUUCUGAGAAAAAUAGUGAGAAUGGCUGAUGGGAAAACCAAAAAUUCUCCAUGCAGACAAAUGUAAAAUCCUUCAACUCUGAUUUAUGCAAUGCAAAUGUAGAGACAGAGGCCUGAUCAUUAAACAAAAGGGACUUAAAUUAUAUUAUAUUAACAAAAAGAUGGGGAUCGUGUCAGUACUGCCAUUUAUCUGAAGCUUUACACAUGACAUGUGGUUUGCAUUAUUUCAGACAGGAUUUUCACAUCAAUGUUCACAAUGCCAUUAUCUGGGUUUUCUGACAGAGGUUUAGUUGCAGGUGCUUUUUAUCUUGUCAUUCCUGAGAAGACCAAAAUUCUUGUUCUGUCUGAAACAGUGCUUUUAAGCUCCAAAUUAUACAUGUCUCGUAAUUAAUAAAGACAAAAGGCUGCAGUAUUGAUAUGGUAUUUCAGUUCUCGUAAGAACAGAAAAAUACCUUGUGUUAUUUACAGAGAGGUAACCUUUAACUGCACAAAUUACAAUAAACCAUUGCUAUGGA